AUGGCAUCCAAUACUCAAAACCCCUUUAUUCUUGUUGCGUUAGUAAUUACUGCAUUGGUCUCAUCAACAUAUGUGGCUGAUUCCAGAUCACUCUCCAACCCAUCAUCUACCAUGAGCCUUGCAUUUAGGUUGAAGAUGCAAGGUGAACCCUCUAAUUGUUGGGAGUCACUAUUGAAGCUGCAUGCAUGUAGUGGUGAAAUUGUAACAUUUUUUGUGAAUGGUGAGACUUACCUAGGCCAUGAUUGCUGCCAAGCAAUUAGGGUGAUUGGACAUGAUUGCUGGCCUAACAUUGUUGAAUCUCUAGGUUUCACCACUGAAGAGACCGAUAUAUUAGAUGGCUAUUGUGAUGAUGAAGCUGUUCAUAAUUCACCUCCACCACCACCACUACUACCAUUAUCUAUAGAGCAAAAUGAGAUUAUUGCUCCAUAA